AUGGGUGUCGACACUCGCCGACCGAUCCUGCCAGCCCCCACAGAAUCCCUCGUCGACACCAACACCACCAUCGCCGGUAGCAUCGCAGGCACCGAUCUGGCAACUGACCUCUCUCGCCGCACAGACAAGUCCUUCUACUCCAUCCCCGACGACGGGAGCCCCAUCACCAUCCCCACCCGCCGCCGACACCGGUCCCGCGGGGACGACGACUCCAAGCUGUCCCGCUCGUCGCACCAGCACUCCCAGACCUCCCUGCUCAUCGAGUACUUCGAGGGUGGGAAGGGUUCUGGCUCUGGCUCUGGCUCGGGCUCUCUCGUCGCCCGCCCCAGCGUCCGCGUCCGCGUCACCCCUUCCUCCGCCCGCAAGUCCAAGGACCACCGCGACCGCGACCGCGACCACCACCACCACAGCAGGGACCAUCACAUCCAGAUCACCGAGUCCUCCGCCGGUCGCAAGCCCGUCUACUCCCGCCGCAUCUCCCUGAGCUCGCCCCACCGCCACCACAAGGCGUCCCGGCCCGAGUCCGACGACCAGGGUUACUCCUCCAACAAUUCCGCCACCGACGAGAACCAGCCCCCGGGCCCGCCCGUCGAGAUCGAGUUGAUGAACCGCGACCAGGCCAGCGAGCUGUCCACGCUCUCCCGCGACACCCGCUACUUCCACCCGACCUCCGACAUCUCUUCCAUGCCCGCCGAUAGCAUGCUGGAAGCCCCCUCGUCCGGCCCUCGUCGCAAACGCAGCCAGAGUCUAGAACGCGACCCGUCCAUUGAGAAGGAAUACCUCAAAACCCCCCGCCGCCAGCGCAGCCGCAGCCUCAGUACCGAACGCAUCGCCCAUCGCGUCGCCGAGAAGCUGAGCAACGACCCGCGCGAAGUCUCCAGGCAACGCCGCCGCGCGGAGCGCAGCAGGUUCGACGACAGCGACCCCCAAGAAAUGGACACGAAGUCGCCCCGUCGUCGCGGCACGGAGGACGUGAUGAGUCCCGAGUCGAGCCUCCUCAGCGCCUCGGCCGUCUCCUCGCAUCGGCGGUCCGGGGACCAGUACUCCUUCAAGUCGGGGACCUCCAAGUCAUCCAUCAACAACCCGAAGCUGCUGGAAACCGUCGAGGAUGCCAUCCGGCGGCUGAUCCUGCCGGAACUGAAGGAGCUCAAGAAGGACCAGAAGGUCAUCUCCAACACCUCCAAGUUCGACCGGGACAUGAACGCGUCGUACUCGUCUGCCAGCACCCCCUCUCGGGACGAAUUAGGUCGCCGCCUCUCCAAGCACGCCAGCGCCCCUGACGUCCGCAAACCCAAGGUCGUCCUCAACAAGGAUAGCCGCGACGAGGGGAUCCUGCUGUCGGGCGACUCUGUCCCCUCUCACAAAGAACGCCGCUCCAGCAAGGACAGCGAGCGGUACAGCGAGAAGGGGCCCGAGAUCGGGUACAUCAAGUGGGGAUAUCGGCCCGAGAUGACGGAACAGGAGAAGCUGCGUCGCCAGAAAAGCAAAGGCCUGCGUGAUGCCGAGAAGGCUGCGCUCGUCGGAAACGCCCUGACCGCCGCCGCCCUCCACCAUCACGACUCGCGGUCGAGCCUCGACAAGAGCGAAGGCCGGAGACGCAGCAGCGGCGGCGGCGGCGGCGGCGGCGGCGGCCACAGCCGUACUGGAAGUAUUAACGAGACCGAGCUGGUCUUCCAGAAGCACAACAUUGCUCCCAUGCCCCUGCGCAGUGCCAUUGAAUCAGAUCUGACCAGAGCAUCGCUCCUCUCCGAGCAGACCGCAGCAGCAUCUACGUGGUACGACGAAGACCGGGCCCAGGAGGUAUCCCGCGCCCCCCCGUUCCAAGCGCUGUCCCCGACGCCUCGCACGCCGAACCGCACCCCCUUGGAUGCCCGGUAUGAGCUGCGGCUCAAACACAGCAACCUGUCCAGCCAUGAUCUGUCGAUCCACAGUCCCAGUUCCUCGACGCGCUCGCCCGUGGGAGAGGCAGCGGGCUCAGCGAUCGCCGCUGCAGCUGCCGCCAACCUCCUCGAUAUCCACUCGGAUCACCAUGAUCUCAGCUUCAGCGAUCUGGGGAGCCGUCGGCGCACGCUGAGCCCGAUCCAGAGCGUCGCCAGCUACCAGAGCCAGUCUCCGGUCAAGCAGGAGGCCCAUCAUGAUAGGUACGAGUACUCUGAAGAUGAACGAGAAUUGGAACCACGCCUCUCGAUUGACUCGCUUUCGUCUGCGCCCAGCACAAACCUGGCCAGAUCCACUCGUCCAGAAGGUCUUAGCAUUACCAGUCAGACGGAGUCUCUCCGGCGCCAGCAGCAAGAAUAUCCCGGUCCGGAGCUCGGCUACGAGGAGACCCCCCGGCCCUCCCCGCGCGAUGACAAACACUGGGACGAAUCCGAGGACGAGGAGCAUGAUUACCGCCAUUCGAUGGCCGAGUCCACGGGCACCGAGCGCCAGCGGAUGACCGGGUACACCGACGAAAGCGAGAUGGACUACCGCGACAUGGUGGACCAAGGGCACCAUGUGGAGGGGGGAACCGCUGCCAACCCUCAAUUCGUGCAUCCGAUGGCGGUAGAAUCAGCUGUCGCCUCCCUGCUCGACCCGACGGUGCUCGACCAGACCGUUCUUGACAGUCAGUCCGGGGCGAAUCGGUCGAUGAAUGAUAUCCCCGAGCAGGAUGAGAGCGAGGAGGAGCUGGAUGACAUCACCCCUCAGCCAUCUCGUCAAGGCAGCCCUCUCAAGCAGCGGCAGGAUGCGCCGAGCCCGGAUGCGCCGAGCCCGGACGCGACCUCGUUUCCCCGCCGGAUGGGUGCAACCUCGCCGCCCCAGAGCGUGACCCAGUCGUUGGAAGAUCUGACGGAGCCCGCUCUGUUUUCGGGUGUAGAUCGCGAGAGCCCGAUGCCGCAUGAUGAGGGGAGCCCCGAUUCCGAAUCCGAGAUCAAUACCAAUCCUUCCAUCAUCCAAGGUCCUGCGGCUCAGGAGCACAGCUGGGGCUUCAACCGCACGCCGUCCAAAGACGCCCCGUCGCCGCUGUUUGACAAGUCCGGCGCCGGCGCCGGCCUCGGCCUGGGAUCGGUCGAGCAGCCCAAAUAUGGGGACUACUACGAGGACAACUAUGGCAACUAUGGCGACACCUAUGGCGCGAACGACUAUGGUGCGAACGACUACUUCGAUCAAGACUACCCCCGACAGAUGCUGGGCACCCCUCUCGGCGCCAAGGAUGAGGGUUAUGUUUCGGCCGCCAACCCGCGGUCCCCGAGCGUGGAGACGCCGGAGCCCCUCAGCAAAGGGAUUGCCGGGAUUGAUACGAAUGGCAUGGGCAUGUUCGACAGCCCCAUCGGGGGCGACGACUCGUUCAUGCCCUCUCACCAGCGACAGCUGAGUGGGUUCUCCCAUGGAGUGCCUUCGCCCCUGUACGACAGUGCGACUGGAAAGGGAAUUGACCGGAUCAAAUCCAAGGAUAUUGUUGCACUAAUGGACCAUCUCACCGUUCGGGAUGCCCAACGGAAUGCCAGGGAUACGGAGAUCCUCGUGACUCUUGUGCGGAGCGCCGCUGAAAUGCGCAAUUCCUUCGAGGAGAUGAAGAAGUUCAUUGCCCAACAGGAUGGAGCGAUCAUGGACGCGAAUGACCGGCAGCACGAGCGCACCCACAGAGCCCUCGGCGGGCCGCGUCCACUGCCGGUCAGUGCGCGCAGCGCUCGCCAGAUGUCCGUCGACGAGGGCGAGGACAUGCGCUCGAAGCGGAAGAACAUCUUCAAGCGGGCACUCAAGGGGCUGAGUCUGAAGAACUCGAGCGAUCUGGGCCGCAUCGAGGAUAUGCUGGAGCAGCUGCUGGACGAGGUCGAGGCUCUGCGUCUCAACCAGGACGACAAGUACGUGCGCGCGCCCCGUGCCGCCAGCGUCGACCCCGAGGGCUACGAGCCAGAGGGACAGGCCGGGACAUCGUCUCCUGGAAACCAGUCCGAGUAUCUCUCGACCUCUUCGCAGCCAGCGCAGGAGCCGCUCAUCGGAAACGGACUCCGGCGGGGGAUGGAGAACCGGGUCAGCACGGUUCCGGAACUGGACGAGGACCUGGACGUCGACGAGCGCGGGGAGUUCUUGAGCCCGCCGCUGCCGUCGCAGGAGGCCAACCGCCAGGACCGCGCCGGCUCCGCGCCGACUGAGAAGGCCAAGAAGCACAAGUCCAGCAGCUCCUCGUUCUUCCCGAAGAUCUCGCGCUGGUCGAAGACCACGGCGUCGUCGAUGGGGGACAACAUCCGCAACAGCAUCCAGCCCGGGCGCAAGGAGCGGGCGUCCUUCGAGGCAUCGCGGUCGGGAUCGGACUUCGCCGGGGCGUACAACAAGCCUGACUUCUACGACCAGGGGGACGGGCUGCGCUCGACGUACACGCUGGAAGAUCAGGCGCAGGAGAAUCGGCCUCCGUCGCCUCUCGUGCCAUCCCAGGCGUCGGAGGUGCCGAAGUACCAGGCCCACCGGGGCAGUCUCGAUCUGUUCCACCCGCAGCCGCGGCAGGGACCUUCCGGGCGCUACCAGUCUCAGCUUGAGACGCAAGCGCAGGGAUACACGAUGCCCGGAUCGGGAGCGCCAUCGGAGCAGUGGGGAUCCAACCCGAGCCUGUCGGGAGUCAACGCCAACCAGCGCUACAGCGGAGGCAGCCGUCUGUCGCCCAUCUCGGAUGCCGGCUACUCGGAAGCGAGCUCGCGCCACACGGGGCCGCCACGGCCGCCGAAGGUGAAGGACGACGGGCCACUGAUCCCGGAGAGGCCGCUCAAAGCCAAGGAAGACGACGAGCGGUCGUACGUGGAACGGGUUGCUUCGCGGAGUUCUGCGAUGCGGUCUCCGCGCAGCACGCCGCCGCCGGCGCGCAAGCCGACGGGGCCGCGGCCGUUGACGUCGGGGAGUCAGUUCAGUCCUGCCCGGAGGAAGCACAGCCAGUACCGGGCCAGUCCAGACCAGGUCGACGCGGAGCUGGAUUAUUGA